AUGAGGCUCUUUUCCAUCGGCUCUUUGGGACUGGCUUAUGCUCAGAUUACUUGUCCUCCUUGGCAAGAAACUUGGGAUAGAGCUGUGAUCAAAUUGACACAAGAAGCAAUCGAUGCUGGAAACGAUGGUUGCACCGCUGGCGGUCACGAUGGUCAGCUUUACUCAAAGUGCUGGAUCUCCUGCGAUGAUGGAUACGAUAUGAUUAUCAAGGAAGAAGAUCCCGUAGCGGCAGAAGGUCACCUUGAAGAGUACAAAAACCAAAAAAACGUCAUCGAGAUUAGAUGCAAGCAAAGUGGCAAUUGGAAGCCAGUCAACCCUUUCUAUUGUGCUCCAGCAUGCCAAAGAAUGUACAAAAACAAUCAGUUUUUCGCUCGAAGCACGAUUUAUCAAUGGGACGACGGAUUUAUUCUCAGAACUGCUGUCCUCUGGUUUGCUGAAGAUCCUCCAGCAUCUCUCGCAAUCGAGUCCUGGGAAACAAACGUUACGACUUCCGAGACUCAACGAAUUUCAACGUAUACUUCCUCUGAUACCGUUUUGGCUGGUGAGCGAAAGAAAUUCAUCGUCAAAAUGACCGGAGCUACGUAUGAUUCUCUGCCGAAUAUCCAGGUCCGAUACAUUCCCGGUAUCCAUAAGGAUCUUUCCUGCAUUUUUGAUGAAGAAUUUGGAACGACAACAACUAGCACCACAUCAACAACGACGACAACGACAACUGCAACGACAACAACACUUUCAACGACAUCGAGUUCGACAACAACGACCUCGGGGGCAAGCCUGUGCGAGCGAAAUAAGGAUCCAGAAUGCACAGCUUUGACAACAAAUCAAAUCUUCUUUGAAAACUCUUGGACUUGCCGAAACUGCUUCCGGAUUCGCGCAAAUUACAGUUUGAAUGGCCUGAACUGGUCUGAUCGAGAUUUCCUCGUGAUCGAAUUCGAUGUUCGAGUUUCAUGGGUCUCCUUGGGUCAUCCGAUUGAGCAAGUCGAGAGCCUCGACAAUGAGACGGGCUAUCUUUGGAGAGUUCUAUUCAAAAAAGAUGCGAAUUUCGUGAGCGGAAUGAUGUUCGAUGCAAAUCUGAUGACACUCGUUGGAGGUGUCAAUGUUGAUGACGACUGGAUUUUGAAGAGCAUGUUGUCCUGUCCAUGCACGAAUACAGAGUACUAG